GAGCGAGUAGCAGUGAUGAAUUGAUUGCAUAAACACUUCAUUAUCUGCUGAAAAAUGCUACCUCACAAAAAAUGAGAUAUACAUUUGAUAAUUAAUGCACAUCAUCUUCACUUUCUUGGCAUAAUGAAGGCACUGAGUGGAAGUCGUGUGUUGAGCCGCAUCUAUCAAUUGAGAUUCUGGCGAAAUACAAAUAGAUUUCCACAAGAAGCACGAAUGACACAUCCUGUACUCCCAAUCCCGCCAUCCAGUCAGCAACACAGAUUUGCCUCGUCCAAGAAAACUUCAAAAGCUGACAAGGAUCCAGAUGCACCUCUUAGCUACACCUCAAGCAAGGCGCUGGACUGGUCUGUUCACAACAGCUACGGCAGACACAAGAAACAACCUUGGUACAAAGUAGCACCCAUCAGUAUAGGACUCUCUAUCUUUAUUGCCUGGAUAUUCUUGAGAAAAGAGACAGAUAUUGAUCGACAAUUGGAGAAGCAUUUACAUGAACGCUUGCCACAUAUGUUUCCACCGCCUGCUGAAGUUCAAGAGGAUGAGACUUUGUUAAAUGAAGAAGAGGAAAAAACAAUUACGGAAUAACAAGAUGGCAUUGUGACAAUAUCUUUUGAAAGUUUCUAUUAUGUGUUAUAAAAUUAUAGUCAUUUCUUUGUGCAUUUUUGGCUGAGAUUUUAGUUAUGUUUUAAAGGAAUCACUUAUUUUGUGGAUAGGUUUAAUACUGUCCAUGUUCAUGAAUGUGUAACUUCAUAAAAUGGUUUGCUUCCAUGAUCAAACGAUUUGCAUUUUUAAUAGCAACAAUUAUUAUUUAUGUUAUAUCUUACCUUCAUCUAUAGUUUCUUCAAAAUUGUUUGAUCAUGGUUAAAAGGUCUUUUAAAGGAACACGUUGCCUUUGAUCGGACGAGUUGGUCUAUAAAAAGCGUUUGUGACUG